AUGGUCAUCAAAGAGGCGCUUGCCUACCGAAAGGCCCUGCGCGGUGCGAUCGAGGGUUUGGUUCCCGAGCAAAGGCAGACCAUCCGGACCGAGAUCAGGGUCAUGGAGUCCGAGGACGGCGGCCGUCCUCUAACGAUCUGUGUGGCCUGCAGAGUGGACGCAGUCGACUCCGAUGGCAAAGAUCUCGAGGGUGGGGCGCUGCUGGGUUUCGCUGUUUUGAAUCCGCACCCCGCAGGGGCGGUGGCUUUUGAAGGCUCCACCUGCCUGCAGCAGAGAGGAGCGGGAGACCGCACCAUCUCCACAGGGGAUCAGAAGGCCGGGAGCGCCUGA